AUGAUUGUCCUCUUACUCCUGACUUCAACUGCUGCGCGGGAAUCGCUUUAUGGUGUCGCGGCUCAAGAUGCCCAGGAAUGUUCGUCAAAAGACAACCCGCUGUACCUACGGGUGACUUCAAACGUUAAACCUAUAAAAUUCAAGUGUAGCGGAAAAACUUCAAAGUUGGGGAUCCAUGGUGCAGAUCAUGCAUGCGUCGACUCGGACUGCAACAAUGCUCCAAUCCCAAUAAAGGACCUCGUGAAGCUCACAGGAAACGACGGCGCCGGAUACGACCUACAGCUUGUCAAGGCAAAUCAAGAACCGCAGACCAUCUACUUCAAUUGCGUUUCCGACGCUGUGGUUGCACGACGCGAUAGAAGGGUACAGGAUGCCUCGGCACAGGAGAUAUGCAAGGUCCAGGUUUCGCUUUUGGAUGAGACGAAAAAAUUCGCGGAAAAAACUGUAGCGCAGUGCGGUAAAGAUAUCGGGACAGUGGACAUUGACAUACGCUCCGCCCCAAUGGCGAAGGCGUUCACAUGUGGUGAUGACGGAACCAUAACUCCUCGCAACUUUGAGCAAGUCUUCAAGGGCCCAACGGGAGAGGAGGUAGGACUGCAGGAGAUGCUCUCGUCAGGAAAGCUUUUCGAGAGUGGCAUGCUGGACAAAAAAGUGGUCUACACUCUUUCGCUGGAAGCGCUGCCCCCAGAGGAGACUCAACUCGUCUACAAGUGCACAUACCCAAAUGAGGUGGGUGUGCGUUCUCCCGGUCCUGAAGCGGCAGCAAAGGAGUGCAUAGUGACUGUUAAUGUUGCCGCAGCGAAUACACCCAAGUUACCUAACGACGGGACACAACCCCCGCCGACAAACCCAGCCAAAGGCGCGCCGACAAGCUCAGUAGAACUGAACGCACGGGGGCACAUUGCCGGCGCAUUUGCUGUGAGCAUCCCGGCCAUGGCUGUUUCUUGGGUAUUUUGA